AUUCUCAAGAAAAAUAUCGGAAAAUGUACAAAAAAAUUUUGUUGGUAGCAUUUUUUGUUGGUUUCGGUACCAAUGACGUCAUGUCACAAGAAUUUCACUUGGAUUCCGGCGCAAUUGAAACUAUGAUCGAAAUUCGAGACCGAUGCCUCAAAAAAGCUGAUGCCACAAUGGAAGAACUGAAAGUUUGUCAUGACGGAACCUUGCCAUCAGAUCCUAAAUUCAAGUGUUUCGUCGCCUGUAACUUGCAUGAACACAACUUUCUCGACGACAAAGGUCGAUUCCGCUCCGAAUUACUAAAAAUCGACUAUGUGCGUAAAAUUGUCGGGCAUUGCGGUGAAAUUGAGGGACUCGAAUACUGCGAAAACGGGUAUCAAGUUGGAAAGUGCUUAGUGGAAAAAUUAAAAUUAUACGAUGAAAUAUGUUCUCUCGUUGCCGUCUAAGUCUUUAAAUGACAAAAAAUCCAUUAGUUCCCUUUUUUUCGUGUAAAAAUCACUAAAUUUACGAUAAAAUUCUUAUAUUUUCCGCAUCAUUAUUCAAAUCAAGUGCUAAGGGGUGCGAAAUACGGUAAUUGAUUCUAAUAAUGUGGCAAUAAAAAUCAAUGAAUCCCUAUUUUUGAGCACGAAAAUGGAAAAUUACCAACAGAUGUGCUAACCAAAUAAAUAAAAAUUCAACACAAAAUAUCUGUUUUGAUGGUGCGCGCGAUCAAAUAAAUUUAAUUCAUAACCAAAUAAAAAGUCGUAAACCCCCAAUUCAUUGAAAAAAGUCGCAUUUUCGACAACAAAUGAAGAAAAUUUAAUUUAUUG